UUGUGUUCUUCCUCUGUGUUUAUUUUGAAUAACUUAGGUUAUGUCAAAAUCUAAUUGGACUAAAAUUGUAACGCUUGGAUUAAUACACAUCUCUUAUGUUUUAGUUGUAAAAUAACUAUUUUUAAACAAAUAUCUGAAGAAUAUAAUGUUGAUUUUGUGAACUAAGACCUCCAUUUAGUGGAAGUUUACGUCCAAGUAAAAAAUCAACAGCGACAUGAGCGAUACAGGAGGCAUUGUCGGAGGAUGUGGAGGGGCGGGUACAAGUGGUGGGACAGGGGAGGAGAGCACCUCCACAGGUGGAGGCAACUCGCCCUCCGCAGACCAGUCCGUUUGGCAGAGCAACUUACAACGCAUCCAGCAGCGGAAGCAGCAAGUCUACAACUGGCCCCACAACAAGAAGCUGCUCAAGCUAGCGAUCUACUCCGCUUGCCAGAUGGAAGACUGCAAGUGUAGCGGGUGGAAGGCACCCGCACCCCCACCUAAGAACACCAAGGUCGAUGUCACCCAACCGCUCGCCAACUUUAGUGAUCCAUGCCACAACUGUACCCACGUUCUUGCCUCUCAUACAACACAUCUGAAAUCUCUGCAAGAGGAGGAAGUGAACAGACUGUUGGGUAUGGUGGUUGAUGUAGAGAACAUAUUCAUGAGCAUGCACCGAGAAGAGGACCCUGACACCAAGAAAGUUUACUAUUACUUGUUCAAGCUGUUGAGAAAGUGCAUCGUGGACAUGACAAAGCCAACGAUAGAAGGGCCGCUGGGACAGCCGCCAUUCGAACGUCCCAGCAUCGCCAAGGCUAUCACCAACUUUGUCCUGUACAAGUUCAGUCACGCUGCCGCCAGGGAAUGGACGACAAUGUAUGACCUGGCCAAAAUGCUACUGCACUGCCUCAACCACUGGAACUUUGAGACUCCUAGCGCACGAAGACAGACGGUCUCCGCGGAGGAGAUCUCAGCCUACAAAGUGAACUACACAAGGUGGCUGGUGUUCUGCCAUGUCCCUGUGUUCUGUGACUCUCUGCCCCACUUCGAGACCACGCUGGUGUUUGGGCGCACGCUGCUACGCGCUGUGUUCCGCUCGGUGCGCAGACAACUCAUGGACAAGUGUCACAGUGAGCGAGACAGGAUGCCACCCGAGAAGCGAGUCCUCGUACUCACGCACUUCCCCAAAUUCCUGCAGCUGGUGGAGGAAGAGAUCUACAUCGCGAACUCUCCCAUCUGGGACCCUGAGUUUAAGCAAGCCCCCCCUCAACACUUACAGGCUCUGCCAGACAGCAAAGGGUCACCUGUGGUCAGGAGGGCCGGGCAGUUUGAGAAGCUGAACGUCCCUCCUAACGACAAGGAUACAUUUACUACUGUCACUCUCACUCCGGGGGUCCGGAAGAGAGGAUCUCGGGCUGAAGGGUCUGCCACAAGUGACAAGCUGAGGGGAGGCCAGGACUCCAGUGUCCGCUCACCAGAUGUCAAGCGCCGCAAGGUGGAAGGAGAGGCCAGUGAAGACUUCUGUCAUGAGAAGGUUGUGGAGAUCAUCGCUUCCAUCACUGAUAACCAACAAGCAUCCUCUGUCUCGCAGACAGCGACGGUUUUCCAAGAGAAUCUGCUGCGAAGGCCCAGAGAUGAAGUGGCCAAGCAGGAAGAGGCUGCUGGCGUAAUCGAAUUCUUCCUGGUGGGAAACUCCCUCACAAAGAAGUUCACCAAACAGACCAUGCUAUUGCUAAUGUCUUACAUGAUUACAGCAGACAGCGGCGGUUUUCCAAGAGAAUCUGCUGUGGUGGCCAAGCAGGAAGAUGCAGCUGGUGAAAUCAAAUUCUUCCUGGUGGGAAACUCCCUCACAAAGAAGUUCAUGCAGCAGACCAUGCUAUUGCUAAUGUCUUACAUGAUUACAGCAGACAGCGGCGGUUUUCCAAGAGAAUCUGCUGCGCAGACAGCGACGGUUUUCCAAGAGAAUCUGCUGCGAAGGCCCAGAGAUGAAGUGGCCAAGCAGGAAGAGGCUGCUGGCGUAAUCGAAUUCUUCCUGGUGGGAAACUCCCUCACGAAGAAGGUCACCAAGCAGACCAUGCUGUGGCUCAUUGGGCUGCAAAAUGUGUUUUCCCAUCAGCUACCCAAAAUGCCUAUGGAAUACAUCUCAAGGCUUGUUUUUGACUGUGAACACAAGACUUUGGCUCUGAUCAAGGAUAAACAGCCGAUAGGUGGAAUCUGUUUCCGUGUGUACCCCACUCAGGGGUUCACGGAGAUCGUGUUCUGCGCGGUCAGCUCGCACGUGCAAGUCCGUGGCUACGGCACUCAUCUCAUGAACCACCUCAAGGACUACCACAUCACCAUCGGCAUCCACCACUUCCUCACCUUCGCCGACGAGAAUGCCAUCGGUUACUUCAGGAAGCAAGGGUUCAGCAAAGACAUAAAACUGAACAAGUCCGUGUACCAAGGAUACAUCAAGGACUACGAGGGAGCGAUGCUGAUGCACUGCCAUCUCAACCCUCGGAUAGUCUACACCGAGUUCAUAUCCGUCGUCCGUAAACAGAAGGAGAUCAUCAAGCGGCUGGUGGACCAGCACAAGCAGGAGGCACACAAGCCCCACCCCGGACUCAGCUGCUUCCGGGAGGGUCUCAAGGUGAUCCCCAUAGAGUGUAUCCCCGGCAUCCGGGAGACUGGGUGGAAGCCGUCGGCCCGCAACACUCGGGUGUCCAAGGUCAGCGAGGAGUCGGCCGACCCUGACACCCUCAUGAAGACCUUCAAGGUCGUCCUCAACAGUAUUAAGAACCACUCGGUGGCGUGGCCCUUCCAGAAGCCGGUAGACAGGAAGGAAGUACCCGACUACUACGACCACAUCAAGUACCCGAUGGAUCUGAAGACGAUGAGCGACCGCCUGAAGGCGGGCUACUACACGACGCGCCGCCUGUUCACCGCCGACAUGACUCGCAUCUUCACCAACUGUCGGACGUACAACUCGCCCAACACGGAGUACUGCAUGUGUGCCAACACGCUGGAGAAAUACUUCCAGACCAAGAUGAGAGAGCUGGGUCUCUGGGACAAGUGAAUCGUGCUCAUCGUCUGUUCUGUAUAUAGUGGAGCGACCGAUAAAAUGUUUACGUGUAUUAAAUAAAUUUCUACACUGGUGCCUGUCCAAUAUUAAAUCGUUUUAUUCGUAUACUCUAUUUGUACCUGUGGUAUUUCUUCGGAAUGUUUAAAUAUUGGUAGGGAUUAAUGCAUAAAACGAAUAAAACAACCUUUUUUGUGUGUUUGAAGAUCUCAUAAAUAGUUCAAAACAUUUUUUAUAUAGAAUAGAUAUAGUAUUGGUGUCGUACAUCGUAGUUUUAUAUCUUGCAGAACUUGAUUUCAAGUUUUUUUGUAUAUACAGUGCAAAGCUUUUAUUUCGCAUCUUGAGCAUCGAAUUACUGUUUUUAAAGCUGGAUGUAUUUUUCUUUUAGUACAUAAAAAUAUAUUUAUUUAAUGAAAGUUUGAAAAGAUAGUCUGUGUGUUGCUGACUGGUGAAUUAAGCUUUUGAAUGUAAAUUUUAAACUUGUACAUAUAUUUUAGAUAGGUUAUGUUUACCACAUUUUAGAUUCAUGGAAUAAAUAACUACUACACGAUCUGCUUGGUUUUUUAAGUUUUAAAUAAAUCGCUAGUGGAUAUAAAUUGUUAUAUACACAUAUCAAACUCGGUUAAAUUUCCUAAACAGUAAAUAAAACAAAUCUCUUUUUGUAAGAAAAUUUAUAAGUUAGUAGUACAGUAUAUGUUUAUAAAAUAAGUACUGUAAAACAAUUUAUUCCAUGAGUUUAAAUCAGAAAACAGGUAUAUUUCUUUAAAUACUUUUUUUCUAUUUUGGCAUUUGGUUUUAUUCUAUUGUAAUUAGGCUUGCACGGAAAGCUUACAUAUAAAGUAUUAAUAUUAAGGUGGUUUGUAAUAAAAACAAAUAAUAAAUAUAUUUUCUUUUGGAUUAAACAGUGAGAGUCUUUUCUAAUAAAAAACUUAAUAUAUUUA